AUGGACAUUGGAGAGAUUGUGGAGCGUGAUUCGGAGGUUAAACCGCCAGCUCCCCCUAAGCAACCUAGACUUAAAAGCUUGCCCAAGGCCUGGAGACCCUCUCGUGCUCGAGGUCCAGGCAUCGCUCCCGCUCAAGCCCCCGGAGCGGCACCUCCUGCUCCUGAGCAACCACCCUUGACAGAGUCGGAGCAGAUUCAUAUCGAAAAUGUCAAGAAAUUAGCAUCAAUGUCCCCUGACGAAAUGGAAAGAGAAAGAGAAGAGAUUUUUCAAAGUAUGGACGCUUCUGUUUUACAGGGGCUUUUGAAAAGGAUUGAACUCAAAGAAGCUGGGACGGCGCAGAAGACUGCUGAUCCCCUCAGCACUACAGACACCUUGCCAGAUCAAGUUGAAUUCAAGCCUUCACCAUUAAAAGUGGAUGAAGAACAAAAAGCAAAUAUUUCAAACUUACCUGAAACCGAGUCUGUGGCCCAAAUGUCACACUCGCAUGAUCACCAAGGUGAGACGCUGCACUUUCCCUCUCCGCCUGAUGACUUGAAAAAGUAUUUCCCGGAUUUGCCGGUUGAAACCGAAAAAAUGGCCUGGAUGCAGCCAAUCUCUACUGAGGAAGAAAACGAGUAUUCUGCUGACCUUACUUCGGUGGCACCGUCUGAGAUAAGGUUUGAUUUUAACGGAAAUUUGUUGACACCCCGCCAGAGCCGGGCGAUUGAUGGGUCUAAAGGGUUGCAUCACCAUGGAGAUGCACCUAGUGCUGCCGGGUACACUAUCUUAGAACUCGCACAUCUAGCCCGCAGUAGCCACCCAGCUCAAAGAUCCAUGGCAAUUCAAACGUUAGGCCGAGUUCUCCACAAGCUAUAUCUCGGAAAGUUUCGCAAGUCUUCAGAUCUACAAGGUGGCUUAGAGCAGCUCGUGGAAAGUGGUAGAGUGAUGGACACACUUUACGAGGCUGCGGGCGAGCGGACAAGGAGUGUAACCGUCCGUACAUUAGCCACAGAAGCGCUAUGGCUCAUAGAAACAGUGAAACCAAGUAAGCCGACGACAUAA